UCACAUGAACGCUGACUCUGACCAAUCAGAGAGCAGCCGUGUAUCUAUAUCAAGCUGCAGUUUAGACACACAUCAGUUUAUUAUGUCACUAAGAAGCUUUCACUUUGAGCUAUGUCUGGACGUGGAAAAGGUAUUGGAGGCGGCAAAGCCAAAGUGAAGCCGAAGAGUCGCUCCUCCCGGGCAGGACUCCAUUUCCCGGUCGGUCGUGUCCACAGGCUGCUGAGGAAGGGCAACUAUGCAGAGCGUGUGGGUGCCGGUUUAAUCUUGAACACCGGCGCCCCCGUCUACCUGGCGGCUGUGCUGGAGUACCUGACUGCUGAGAUCCUGGAGCUGGCUGGAAACGCUGCCCGCGACAACAAGAAGACCCGCAUCAUCCCCCGUCACCUGCAGCUGGCUGUCCGCAACGACGAGGAGCUCAACAAGCUGCUGGGCGGAGUCACCAUCGCUCAGGGCGGCGUGCUGCCCAACAUCCAGGCGGUGCUGCUGCCCAAGAAGAGCGAGAAGGCCGGAAAAGCCAAGUAAAGGAUCCACAUCCUGCAGAGAAUCAACGGCUCUUUUCAGAGCCACACACUCCCAAUGAGCAUCUGUCUGCUACUGACUGAUACAAUAAUAAUAUUAUCAC